CAAACAUCUGGAGAAGCUUGUGGUGCGGGACUUCAUGGGUAGUCCGCGCUUCUUCAUCACGGAUGAGGAUAUUGAGCUCAUUUGGUGCGGCUACGAAGAGACGCUGAGGGACACGCCGUUUGGUGAUGCUGUAUUGUGGUUCAUACUUGAGCAGGUCAUGUCGGGUACGCACGCGCUUGCUGACGAGGUGAGGUGGCUGUUGGAGCAGGAUGAGUAUGCGGAUCUUAAGGCAAGAGUUAGAUGUGAGCUGAAGAAGGCUGAGUGGAGGAGCAUGGGCAGGACAUCCUUCCUUGACCGCCGUCACAAAGACAGAGGAAGCAUGAUGGCUGUUGGGGGUUCUGAGUCGAUGCUUGAAGGUAAGGAAUCAGCUAAUGUAGGCGUGGCUGGAACUGACAAACCGUUGCCUCGUCUGCCUGCGACAUCGUAACGGUGGAGGGUCAGCUGCGGUGGAGUUUUGGGUCUGCAAAUGAGAUCUUAGUAUGAAGUAGACUUACGAUUAUUGAAUUUCGA